CUGGAAAGGGAGGGGGCUUGCGAUCUAAACAGUGGAGAGAUCUUGGGGUCUCACACUGCACCAUUCGGCUGUGGCAGGCCUCUGUCCGCCAUAGCUGCAGCCGGGACAGGCCGUCGCCAGCGCUUUCACCCAGGCCUCCACUGCCACCGCCACCUCCGCGCGAUCGCUGCAGCCCAGCCCCGCCCAGCCCUGCGCUACCACUGUCUUUGCUGCUGCCACCGCCUCAUCCCGAGCCUCCGCCACCCGCGCAUCCGUGAGUCAUUUUGUGCCCAUCUCUGGUCGCGCGGUCCCAGCGGUAGUCGCCAACUUAAGAGGUUCACAGGCUUGCAAAAUGGCAGAAGCGGAUCUUAACAUGAUCUCGGAACCUGCCGCCCAGAGGGGUGCUGAUGAGAUGAUGGCUAGCUCGUCUAGUGAUUCUGGGGAAGAAUCUGACAGCAGUAGCUCUAGUAGCAGCACUAGUUGCAGCAGCAGCAGCGGUAGCUGCAGCCGCUCAUAUAGAAAGAAGAGGGUACCUGGGCCUUCCAGAAGGGCGUGGUGGGCUCCGUCGGGUAAAAAUAUCGUAGAUCGGCUGCCUAAGGCAGUUCGAAAUCGUGUGCAGGCGCUCAGAAAUAUUCAAGAUGAAUGUGACAAGGUAGACGCCCUAUUCUUAAAGGCAAUUCACGAUCUCGAAAGAAAAUAUGCCGAACUCAAUAAGCCUCUGUAUGAUCGGCGGUUUCAAAUCAUCAAUGCAGAAUAUGAACCUACAGAAGAAGAAUGUGAAUGGAAUUCAGAGGAUGAGGUGUUCAGCCGUGAUGAGGAGGUAGAGGAAGACAGGCUUACUGAAAUGCCUACCUUAGAGGGUGAGAGAGAAGAAGACCACCCUAAAUAAAAACCUGAGGUAAAGGCUGAAGGAAAUGAGGUUCCUAAAGAAAUUCCUGAGGCAAAGCUUGAAGAAAGAGCAGAGUCUAAAUAUCUUAGGGAGGCAAAGCCUGAAGUAAAAGAACCUAAAGAAGUCUCUCAGGGAAAGGCAGAAGAAGAAGAACAACCUAAAGCAACAGAGGUUAAGGCAAGAGCUGCAGUAAAAGAGGCUCCUAAAAGAGUUUCUGAGGUCAGGCCUAAAGAAAGAGUGAAUCUGAAAAGAGCUCGAAAAGGAAAGCCUAAAAACGAAGAUCCUAAAGGCAUCCCUGAAUACUGGCUGACUGUUUUAAAGAAUGUUGACAAACUGGGGCCCAUGAUUCAGAAAUAUGAUGAGCCCAUCCUGAAGUUCUUAUCAGAUGUUAGCCUGAAGUUCUUAAAACCUGGCCAGCCUGUAAGUUACACAUUUGAAUUUUAUUUUCUGCCCAAUCCAUACUUCAGAAAUGAGGUGCUGACCAAGACAUACAUAAUAAAGUCAAAACCAGAUCACGAUGAUCCCUUUUCCUUUGGGGAAUGGGAAAUCCAAAAUUGCAAAGGCUGUAAAAUAGAUUGGAGAAGAGGAAAGGAUGUUACAGUGACAACCACCCAGAGUCAUACAGCUGCUGCUGGAGAAAUUGAAAUCCAGCCUAGAGUGGUUCCUAAUAUGUUAUUUUUCAACUUUUUUAGCCCUUUUGAAAUUCCAAAGAUUGGAAAGCUGGAACCACGAGAAGAUGCUAUUCUUGAUGAGGACUUUGAAAUUGGACAAACUUUACAUGAUAAUGUCAUCCUGAAAUCAGUCUAUUACUAUACAGGAGAAGUCAAUGGUGUUUGUGAUGUUGGUAAAGACUAUGGAAAAAGGAAAUAUCGGGAAAAAAAAAAGGCUGCCUGAAAAAAUUUUCAAGAUCUCAAAACUUCAAGC